AUGGAUGCAUUAUUUAUUGAGUCGUUUUUCUCUGAGGUUGUCGAUAUUGAUUACGAGUUUGAUGCAGCUAAGUACUACGAUUUCACGCGGCCUGAAACCGUUUUCGAGGCUCAAGAAGCUGAGCGCUGGUUUGAAAUCACAGGAUAUUAUCCUCCCUCACCUCUAAAGGUAAAGCCGAGUUGGGAACUAAGCAUUCCAGUACAAAGCGGAAAUUCCUCUUCUAUUUGCAAAGCUACUGAGAACACCAAUCCCACCAGCGGAGACUUGUCUACUAGUAUGGACUUUGAGACAACUUCAGCGGAUAAUAAAUCAAGACCAGAAUCAUAUAAUGAAGCCACAUCCUCAACUAAGUCACCUGCAUUAAAAAAUUCAAAUUUCAUGAAUCCUACGACAAGUCAGUUGGCCAAGCAAAAUCGCCCUCCACAGAUUCACUGUGACCGAUUACUUAGACAGUCUCAGAAGUCAGUAAAAUUUGAAGAGUGUUCACAGAGUUCGUCUAUGACUGGAACCCAAGCAACCAAAAAGCAAAAGCUCGAUGCUAGUUAUUCAUGGAAGCUUGCUCUUUUGAAGCAUCGAGAACUUCUUUUACAAAAGGCACGACCUAAAAAGGUUGGACAAAUUGACUUUCAUACUACAUUUGCGAAACCAAAGGCGACAAUUGCCAGAGAACCUAAUUUGGAAACAGCUUGUAGAGCAGAAAGUCGCAGGUCCAAGACUAAUUUGGAGUCGAUUCAAACUGCAAAAUCUACUUGUAACUUCAGAGCAAGACCCUUGAAUAGAAAAGUUUGUACUUUCAGUUAGAAUUGAGUUUUCUUCCUUCUUUCUUUCUCUAAAUUCUGUGGAAAUUCAAGUUUCAAAAAGAACUGUGUGUACGUAGAAGGUGUGAUUUUGGAUCUGUUCUAAAUGUCUUUGGGCUUGACAGAUUCUUGAGGCUCCUUUAUUUCCCCUCCCAAAAAAGAGCAAUAAACAGCU